AUGGUCACUGUCACUAGGGGACCAGGCAGAAGACAGAAGAGCCAUCUCCGGGCGGGCACGUGGAUUGGAGACCGCUGUCCAGGUCUGAGGAUCUUAUUACAGAGCCUUCAGAGGGACACAAACCACAGCACAGAUCCCACCAUGAGUUUGUCGCGUAACGGGACACUGGAGAAGCCUGUGUCAGAGCAGAGCCAGCCGGAGAUGAGGAUCCCCUCCAGAGCAGGGUCAGGGGUGGUGGUGCCCCCUCCGUACUCUUUGGGGGGCAGUGAAGCAGAGAGCCCCCUGGAGCUACGCGGCUCUCUGGACUGCUGGGCCUGCUCUGUGCUGGUCACUGCUCAGAACCUCAUCAUCGCCCUCAUCAAUGGACUCCUGGCCAGUGUAGUGUUCGGCACCAUCCUGACCCCGGCUCUGGUCAUGAUCAUAUUCGGCUUCCUCUGCCAUUCCACAGUGCAGCCACACGGAACCUCAGUGUACUGCUCAGACCUGCUGGACGAUGGGGGCUGUGUGGCCCUCUUAGUGGUGGGCUUUCUGCUCUUGACCCCUCUGUUGGUUCUGGCUCUGGCUGCCUAUUGCAGAUUGGCCCGUCACCUGCAGUUGGGCCUGUGCUUCAUCCCUUACAGCCGCGCUGUGUACAAGAACCUGCCUGCCUCCCGCCAUAGGGCCACAGGAGGCUGCUGCAGACAGCAGGGGGCAGCAGAGGGAGAGGCCAAAGGCAGUGUGUGGGUGUGA